UCUUUUUCCAGAGACCCGAGGACCGAAGUAUCGUGCCGCGCAGAGGAGACACUUCUUUUCGGGAGACGGAGGCGAUGGAACUACGCGGAACAACCGUGCCCUGAUUUCGUUCACACAAUAUAUUGUGCUCGGGUAUUUAGUGGUCUGCGAAGGAAGCAUGCAGAGUCCGUAGUCCGCUAUCUAGACGUAUCUGUGUAGAACAGGGGGGCUCAGAAGUCAGGACACUCCUCCCGAGUUAACGCCGUUUAUGCCGGGGCAGCGAGUUUAAUCUCUGCGGGAAGCGAGACAGUCCCAACAACUUUGUGCAAGAUGCAGGGAGUCUCGGCUACUGAUCUGUCUCCCAAGUACCAGUGCAGGUCGGUGGACUACCUGUGUUCCCCGCAGCUGGUGAAGAAGGCCCCUCCCCCCAGACCAUGUCAAGAGAGGCCAACCCUCAAGCCCCGCCCCCCAUCAGAGUCCUCAGCCCGGCCGCCGACCGCCCAGAAACCUCAAGUGCCCCCUAAACCGCCACACCUGCUGGCCCUCGGACAGGACAAGAAGCCCAAGAGGAUCCCCCCCGCGCCGUCAAGGCCCCUGCCGGCGCCCCCUCCGCCCCCCAAACCAAAGCCUGUGUUGACAGCUCCCGUCCAGGGUCCUCAGACCCAGAGAGAAGCCCAGAAGGUCGGGCUGCUCAUCGAGAAGUUUGAGAGCUCAAGGGUCCCUAUCCUGGGGGUGGUUCCCAGGAGCCAGCUGCAGCUUUGUCUGAAGAUGGAGCUGGUCUCUGACGCCUCGGCCCCCCGCGGUCAGAGCCCCGCCGGCUCCACGGGGGCCCAGGACGACUCCGGGGACGCCUCCUCCCUGCUGGACAAGCUCUCCCUGGGCCCCUCAGAGCGGGCCGACGAGGAGGCGGAGCUCUCGCGCCUGGCCUCGUUGCCCGUCGCCGACGGCAACGAAGACCUGGCCCUGGAGGAGGAGGUGGACGUGCCCGGCGUCAUGGUGUGCCUCCAGCGGGCCGAGCUGCGGGAGGGGGAGGAGCACCAGGGCCUCCCCCCGGACUCCUCGGAGCCCAGCGGCAGCGGGAAGGUCCCCAACCGGGACAGCGGCAUCGACAGCCCGUCCUGCACGGUGGAGGGCGAGGUGUUCCCCAACGAGGACGCCAUCGACGAGGAGGACCGCUACGACAGCGUCACGGAGACGGAGACCAGCGUGUCCUGCUGCGUCACCCUGGGCAACAAGCGGGACUCCACGCAGGACGAGGACAGCGACCUGGACGAGGGGAGCUGCGGGGAGGCAGAGGGGGCGGAGAAGACGGACGCGCUCUCGGAGGCCCACAGAAGCCCCGAGGCCCAGAGGCUGCUGAAUAUCGCCAGGGAGCUUCUCCACACGGAGGAGGCCUACGUCAAGAGGCUGAACCUCCUAGACCAGGUAUUCUGCACUAAGCUGACCGAGGCGGCCAUCCCCCAAGACGUGAUCACAGGCAUCUUCUCCAACAUCUCCUCCAUCUACUGCUUCCACCACAAGUUCCUCCUCCCCGAGCUCAAGACACGCAUCAUCGGGGAGUGGGAGUCUAAUCCUCGUAUCGGAGACAUCCUCCAGAAGCUUGCGCCCUUCAUGAAGAUGUACGGAGAGUACGUGAAGAACUUUGACCGGGCAAUGGACCUGGUCAAUACAUGGACACAGCGGUCCUCCCUUUUUAAGAGCGUGGUCCAGAACAUACAGCAACAGGCCGUGUGCGGGAACCUGACGCUGCAGCACCACAUGCUGGAGCCCGUCCAGAGGAUCCCGCGCUACGAGUUGCUCCUCAAGGACUACCUGAAGAAGCUGGCGGACGACGCGGCCGACAGGAAGGACACAGAAAAGGCACUGGAGCUUAUCUCUACAGCAGCUAAUCAUUCUAACGCGGCAAUCAGGAAAAUGGAGAAGAUGCAUAAGCUGCUGGAGGUGUAUGAGCGUCUGGGGGGCGAGGAGGACAUCGUGAACCCGGCCAACGAGCUCAUCAAGGAGGGCCACAUCAAAAAGAUGUCGGCCAAAAAUGGCACGGCGCAGGAUCGAUACCUCUACCUGUUCAACAACAUGGUGCUCUACUGCGUGCCAAAGCUCCGGCUGAUGGGGCAGAAGUUCAGCGUCAGGGAGAGGAUCGACAUCGCUGGCAUGGAGGUGCAGGAGAUUGUGAAGCAGAACCUCCCACACACGUUUGCCAUCAUCGGCAAGCAGCGUUCUCUGGAGCUGCAGGCCCGGACAGCCGAGGAGAAGGAAGAUUGGAUACAGGUGAUCCUGGCCACUAUUGAGAGGCACAAGCAGAACAGCGAGACCUUCAACAAAGCCUACAACAGCUCCUUCUCCCGGGAGGACGACCACCAGCCUGACUCACCGGGGCCAUGGACCAACACAUCCAUGGACUCAGAUGGUGAACGCCUGCAUGAAAGGAAGAGUUCCAGGAAGAAGGACAAGGAGAAGCAGACUUGCAAGGGCUGCAACGAGAGCUUCAACUUCACCAAGCGAAAACACCACUGCAAGUCUUGUGGAGCGGCCAUCUGUGCAAAGUGUUCCAAGAGUCUGGACAACAAGACCAGCCGUGUGUGUCCAGAGUGCUUCGACGCCAGCGUCAGCCUGGAGGGCUUCUUGGCGUGCGGCGACCAGAAGAGGAAAGCGGCAACAGAGAGACAGACCUCGCUGACGGGGGAGAACUGCCUGCUGUGUGGCUACCUCCAGCUGCAGGACAAGGGGAAGAGCUGGAGCAAAAUGUGGGCUGGGGUCGCCAAGGCUGAGUCCCUGGUGCUCUACUUGCAGAGCAGUGGACAGGACAUGAAGGGCGCGCGGGCGGUGCCGCUGCCCGGCUUCGAGGUGACCGUGGUCUCACCGCCGCUGUCCGACAAGUCGGACGCCAAGCACGCCUUCCGGCUGACCCACGGCCCGCAGACGCUCGUUUUCGCCGCGCACGACGGCGAGCUCCUCGCCAAGUGGGUGGAGCUCCUCACCAAAGCCUCCCGCGGGGAGUCCCCCACGGACGGGGCCGGGGCCACUCAGACUGACCACAGGAAGAGCCAAUAGGAGUGGCCCAAUCCCUCCAUGCCCCCUCCCGGCUCCCCCUCUCCGCCCCCUGUGUACAGAGCACACAUUACUUGAAUUUACUUUACCUUGGCACUUUUUUUGUUUGUUUGUUUACGUUGUUGUUGUUGUUAUUGAUUGUGAUUCUUUUUUAAAAGGACCACUAGUUUCUGUUUUUCGCUACUCCCCCGUCAUCUCUCUCUCUCUCUCUCUCUCUCUCUCUCUCUCUAUCUCUCCAUCCCUCCACUCUCUCUCUCCCCUCUGUGCCUCCAGACCCGUCCCUCCUGUACGUGGUUGGGUUUAUAUGCGAGAAUAAAGCUUUUAAAGAAGUUGUUUUGCUCGAUAACAUAGCUGAAGAAAGCAUUUAUAAGAUGGUUCCCGUAAUGAUUUUUGUUGUCUUUUUUUUUAAGAUGAAGAAGUUUGUUUGUACAUUCAGUGACCAUGUUGUGAAGCAUUAACUCUAAUGUGUAUGUCAUUCGGAUUUAGGUGUAUGUGUGAGUGUGAGUGCGUAUGUGUGUGUGUGCCUGCAUCUGUAUGCAUGUGUGUUGUGUUUGUGUGUGUGUUUGUGUGUGUGUGUGUUUUUGUGUGUGUGUGUGUGUGUGCGUGUGUGUGUGUACAUGCGUGUGCACAGGAGUGCCCGCAUGGCUCCAGUGUUCAUUGGGUUAUUGAAUGUUAAUGUUUAAGUUCCUUUCGGACCCCAGCGCCACGGCCCCCCCUGACCCCGCCCUAGGCAGGGGCACGCGUGGCCGUUCAGUAUUGUACAGUAAUUAUACUCGUAGUGAGAUGUAAAGGAGAAGCAAAGCGACAAAAAAAGAGGAUGUUUUAACUUAAAAUAGAAAGAAGAAGUAGAUGGAAGACGUUUAAGCUUGUGGCUGGCCACCUGUCUCCCCUCCCACCAUUGUCCUCCAAGUAGACUAUCCCCUUCCAAAGCCUGUAUGACGUACCGUUAAUAAAACCUCUCUGUCUGUAUUCUUUUGGUGGUUGGUCUGAGCCAGGCUCUUCUGUGAUCCCCGUUCAAGAGUCUGUUUGGAUUAGUUGAAUCGUCGUGUUAUUAUGGAUCAGAAAAGCAAGAUUGUUACCGUACCUGCACGGUUUCGUGUUUCCAAAGUCGUUUUUUAAAUUGUUAUGUUUUAUUGAAUAAUGAAAGAACUGCAUAUUGCAGCACAUAUUGUGACCUAGAAAUUGAACGCAAAGUGGACGUCGAGAGAAUGAUUUUGUAAUGGGAAAUCCAAAUGACUAUCGAGACCUUUUAUACCAGGAGAGGAUGGAGACGCAUCACAUGAUAGUCGGGCUGGAUCACAGAAGGCAGUUUAAAACUGAAACUGAAUAUGAAUCAAUCUCCUAUUUAAUCUUGCACCGCCUGUCCAGUCCUUCUCUUGCUAUAUUUUUCUGGAUAGACUACCCAGAGUGUUUUUUCACCCUAGCGCCCGUAUCAGUGGUUUUAUUCCAACAUUACUGUUGGAAAUGUGCCAGAAACUGCGAUACCGUACUGUAAGACCCUCCUCCCAGCAGCACAAGCUUUCACAUAAAGUACUUAAUAAUCAUUGGUUCUCUGUUUGCAUGAAAACCCACUCAUAUUUAUAAACCUCGCUCCACAAACCUUGCUGACCCGCUUUAACUCCCCUAGCCCACCCCUCCCUUUUAUUUGAAUUUGAUUCCCUUUUCUGUUUUGCUCCAAAAUGGGUUCUUGUUGUACUGUAAGUAAGCAGAGUCAGUAUUGCGUGUGUUAACCAGAGUUGUGCACAGUGGAAGAGCAGUCAAGCAUAUCAUCAAUAAAUGGACACAGGGUUCAUUCAGAACCCUGCUGUCGUAUCUUAAGAUCUUUAA